AUGGAAAGAUUUUUAAAGGGAUUUAAAAAUGCACCAAUACCUAAGAAGACUCUUCCUAAUACCAAGGAAUUUAUUCCGUGGGUAGAAAAAUAUCGACCAAAAACCGUAGAUGAUGUCGCACAGCAAGCUGAGGUUGUUUCCGUUCUAAAAAAGUGCUUAGAAGGCUCCGAUCUUCCAAACCUUUUAUUUCAUGGCCCACCUGGUACUGGUAAAACCUCCCUUAUUCUUGCACUUGCACGUCAGCUAUUUGGAUCCCAAUUUUCAGAUCGUGUACUUGAACUUAAUGCCAGUGACGAGCGGGGAAUCAAUGUCAUCCGUGAAAAAGUUAAAAACUUUUCUAAGCUUGCAGUCGGUGGUGGCAGUGAUGACCAAAACAGCUCAUCUUUCUCUCUGCCUCCUUACAAAUUGGUCAUACUUGAUGAGGCUGAUUCAAUGACAGCUCCGGCGCAGGCUGCUCUUCGUCGUCUCAUGGAAACGGACAUGAAAACAACUCGUUUCUGUCUAACUUGUAACUACGUAACCAGAAUCAUCGGUCCUAUAUCGAGUCGAUGUGCAAAAUUCAGAUUUAAGCCUCUUGACAGUGAUGUUGCUCGAUCGAGAUUAAGGUUUAUUGCUGAUGCUGAAGGCAUUGAUGUUUCAAAUGAGACCUUAGAAGACCUCUUAAUCUUAUGUGACGGUGACCUACGUCAGUGCAUUAAUCUCCUGCAAACAACAUUUCGUUUUGCAUCAUCUGCAGAAAAGGAUCUUUCCAGUAAACCAAUAUCGAUUACGCAUGAAGACCUUAAUAGUGUUGCCACUAGAGUUCCCGCGACUUUUGAGGAAAAACUUAUCUCAUCUGUUUUGAAGAGAGAUUUUGGUGCUAUGCAGGCAGUCCUCGUUGAGUUUACAAGAGAGGGUCUACCUGCUAGUCAAUUUCUUUAUCAGUUGCAGACAAGAAUCCUAGAAUCUAAGGAUUUUUCGGAUCAUGCUAGGAAGAAAAUUCUCCAAGAAAUGGGUGAAAUCGAUUUGAGAGUUAUUCAGGGUGCUGAAGAAUAUAUACAGCUAUUAAGUUUGGGUUGUCAAAUGAUUAAGAUGGUGGCCUGA